AUGUGGUGCUCUUUUACUCAUCCAAACACCAACACCAACAUUAAUAACUCCUCUAUGUCCAUGUCCUCUUCUUCUUCUUCUUCCUCGAGCUCCUCUCCCUCCUCCAUGUUCUCCUCCCAAACCACCCCGCGGAGGAGAGCCAUGGAGGACGUGUGGAAGGACAUCACCCUCUCCACCCCCACCCCUCACCCCCACCCCCACCAUGUUAUGAUGAGACCCCUCGCCACCCCUUCCACAACCACUCACCACUACCACCACCACCACACCACCACACCACGCCACCAGAGGCGCCGUAUCCUCCAGGACUUCCUCGCCGGAACCCUAAACCGCCCCGCUCCGCUCGCCGCGAGGAGCUCGGACUUCCGCAAUUCGCUCCGAACGCGACUCCCGCGCCGACGCCGCCGGCGGCUGCGGCGCGGUCUGCUCGUCGUACCGUUGCCGGGCUUCUCGGCCGCCGACUCGCCGCCGAAUAUCUUCUCGCUCUGCGAGAAGAAGCGGCCCCCGGAGAGCCCCGACAACGGCUGCUGCGCCGGCGGCAGCGGCGGCGACCGCCGGCAUAAGAGGAUGAUCAAAAACCGGGAGUCCGCCGCCCGCUCCCGCGCCAGGAGACAGGCUUACACCAAUGGGUUGGAGUUGGAGGUUGCCCACUUGCUGGAGGAGAAUGCCAACCUAAAGAAGGAACAACAGGAGGUAAACUUACCACCUUCAUGA